AUGGCAGGUCAGCACCACUACUUUUUCAUUGACACCUUCAGCGAUCUUGAGAGCGUGUUUUGUGGGCAUAUUAGCCAUCUCGAGCACGGACUGUGCGAGUCCAGCAUCAGCUGGCUUGUGCCAACCUCGGGACAGAGCUACAACGCCUUGAAGCGCGAAAUACAACAGCUUCUGGUCAUUGAGCGGCUUUACCGUCUUUUCAAGGGCCAUUAA